UCUACGAGGACGCCAUGGACCUCAUCGCCAAGCUGCCGUGCAUCGCCGCGAAGAUCUACCGCAACCUGUACCGCGAGGGCGGCAGCAUCGGGGCCAUCGACCCCGAGCUCGACUGGUCGCACAACUUCAGCAACAUGCUGGGCUACAGCGACCCGCAGUUCAUCGAGCUGCUGCGCCUCUACCUCACCAUCCACAGUGACCACGAGGGCGGCAACGUGAGCGCCCACACCAGCCACCUGGUGGGCAGCGCCCUCUCGGACCCCUACCUCGCCUUCGCCGCCGCCAUGAACGGGCUGGCCGGGCCGCUGCACGGCCUCGCCAACCAGGAGGUGCUGCUGUGGCUGACGAACCUGCAGAAGGAGCUGGGCCAGGAGGUGUCGGACGAGAAGCUGCGGGACUUCAUCUGGAACACGCUCAACUCGGGCCGGGUGGUGCCGGGCUACGGGCACGCGGUGCUGCGCAAGACGGACCCGCGCUACACCUGCCAGCGCGAGUUCGCCCUCAAGCACCUGCCCUCGGACCCGCUCUUCAAGCUGGUGGCGCAGCUCUACAAGAUCGUGCCCAACGUGCUGCUGGAGCAGGGCAAGGCCAAGAACCCCUGGCCCAACGUGGACGCGCACAGCGGGGUCCUGCUGCAGUACUACGGCCUGACGGAGAUGAACUACUACACGGUGCUGUUCGGGGUGUCGCGCGCGCUGGGCGUGCUGGCGCAGCUCGUGUGGAGCCGGGCGCUCGGCUUCCCCCUCGAGCGCCCCAAGUCCAUGAGCACCAAGGGCCUCAUGCAGCUCGUGGGCUACAAGUCGGCCUGAAAGGGACCGGGCGGCGCCG